GCGCAUGCUUUGGCAGACGUGGCACAGGGAACUGGGAGGCGGGGAGCGGCUGGGAAGUGGCUGUGGCUGUUGGCCACCGCGGAGCUAGCGGGCGGGCGCGCCGCGCGAGUGGAGCGCUGAGCCGGCGGCGGGCACCGUCACCGGGAUGGCACGGGCCGGGCCGGCGUGGGUGCUGCUGCUGACGAUCUGGGUGGUCCUGCCGACCUAUCUGUCCUCAGCAAAAGUCUCUCCACUCAUCGAGAGAAUAUCCGACCCCAAGGACUUGAAAAAACUUCUCAGGACCCGGAACAAUGUGCUGGUGCUCUAUUCUAAAUCUGAGGCAGCAGCUGAAAAUCAUCUCAGGUUAUUGUCCACUGUGGCCCAGGCAGUGAAAGGACAAGGCACCAUCUGCUGGGUGGAUUGUGGUGACGCAGAGAGUAGAAAAUUGUGCAAGAAGAUGAAAGUUGACCUUAGCCCAAAGGACAAAAAGGUGGAAUUAUUCCAUUACCAGGAUGGUGCAUUUCACACUGAGUAUAACCGCGCUCUGACACUGAAGUCCAUAGUAGCCUUUCUGAAGGAUCCAAAAGGGCCCCCACUCUGGGAAGAAGAUCCUGGAGCCAAAGAUGUUGUCCACAUUGACAAUGAAAAGGACUUCAGACGGCUCCUGAAGAAGGAAGAAAAGCCACUCCUCAUGAUGUUUUACGCCCCCUGGUGCGGCAUGUGCAAGAGGAUCAUGCCACAUUUCCAGAAGGCAGCAACCCAGCUGCGAGGCCGCUUUGUGCUGGCUGGGAUGAACAUCUACCCUUCUGAAUUUGAAAACAUCAAGGAGGAGUACAAUGUGCGUGGCUACCCCACCAUCUGCUAUUUUGAGAAAGGGCGCUUUCUGUUCCAGUAUGAUAACUAUGGGUCCACAGCCGAGGACAUCGUGGAGUGGCUGAAGAGUCCACAGCCACCACAGCCCCAGGUCCCUGAGACUCCUUGGGCAGAUGAGGGCGGCUCCGUUUAUCACCUGACCGAUGAAGACUUUGACCAGUUUGUGAAGGAGCACUCCUCUGUCCUCGUCAUGUUCCAUGCCCCAUGGUGUGGACACUGUAAGAAAAUGAAGCCAGAGUUUGAGAGUGCAGCGGAAGUCCUCCAUGGAGAAGCAGAGAGCUCUGGUGUCCUUGCAGCUGUCGAUGCCACUGUCAACAAGGCCCUGGCAGAAAGAUUCCACAUCUCAGAGUUUCCAACCUUGAAGUAUUUUAAGAAUGGAGAGAAACAUGCAGUGCCCGCGCUCAGAACAAAGAAGAAGUUUGUUGAGUGGAUGCAGAACCCUGAGUCUCCCCCACCCCCGGAGCCUACAUGGGAAGAACAGCAAACAAAUGUGUUGCAUCUGACAGGGGACAACUUCCGGGAAACCCUGAAGAAGAAGAAACACACCUUGGUCAUGUUCUAUGCCCCUUGGUGCCCACACUGCAAGAAGGUCAUCCCACACUUUACUGCUGCUGCUGACAUCUUCGUUAAUGACCGAAAGAUUGCCUGUGUGGCCAUGGACUGCGUCAAAGAUGGGAACCAGGACCUAUGUCAGCAAGAGUCUGUGAAGGCCUACCCUACUUUCCACUACUACCAUUACGGGAAGUUUGUUGAGAAGUACGAUGGUGACCGGACGGAAUUGGGAUUUACCAAUUUUAUUCGAACCCUCCGGGAGGGAGACCUCGAGAAACUAGGGAAAAGGAAAGAGGAGUUGUAGUUUCUGCCUCAGAGAAAGCUUUCUCAUUACACUGUGAAUGUUACCUGUUUUGUUGUUCUUUCUGAAUUUCCACAUGUUCUGAAGACAAAGUUUUUUAUAGCCGCUUCUGGCCUUUUGUACAAUUUUGAAAUAAAAUCUAACCAUUUAUU